UACGGGAGUCCGCCGCAGCCGGCAUAGGUUCAGUUAGCAGCAGUUCGCAGAGCGAGAAACAUCACGAUGGCUGAUAUUUCAAACGAAGAGCUACGCAAAGAGAUCACCGCUAUUCUUAAGGAUGCAGACCUAACAACUAUGUCUGCUAAGAAAAUAAGGCUACAAAUUGAAGGAAAAUUGGACAUAGAUCUUGCUGAGAGGAAAAAAGAAGUGGACAGUUUAGUCAUGGAGUGCUUACAAGAAAAGCAAGAUGGAGCUAAGAAGAAGAAGAAGAAGACGACUGCCAGCGAAGAAUCCGAGGAUGCUGAAGAAGAAGAGGAAGAGGGAUCUGAAGAAGAGGAGGAAGAAGAAGAAAAGAAACCGGCCAAAAGAGGUCCUGCAAAGAAAGCAGUAAAUAAACGUAAAAAAGCAUCUUCCGAUGACGAAGAAAGUGCAAGCGACGAUGAUGCUAGCGACGAAGAAUACAGUCCAAAGAAACCAAAAGCUACCCCAAAGAAGACAGGUAAACCUGGAAAGAAAGGGAAGAAGAAGGGUAGCGACAGCGACAGCGACGAAGAUUGGGGUAAAAAUAAGAAAGCGCAAAGUGGUACAGCAAAGAAAGGUGGCGGUGGUGGCGGUGGUGGUAAAGGUAAAGGUGGCUAUACUCGAGCCAUUACAUUGUCUCCAGAGCUUGCUGCUGUCGUUGGUGCCGAACAAAUGGCCCGACACGAAGUUGUAAAGAAGGUUUGGAGUAUCAUCAAAGAGAGGAAUCUUUAUGAUCCGAAGAACAAACAGUUCGCAAUUUGCGACGAUGAAUUAAUGAAAGUAAUUGGAGUAAAACGUUUCAGAACUUUCGGUAUGAUGAAGUACCUCAAAAGUCAUUUUGUAGAUUAAAUCAUCUAUGAACCAUGAUCUCUGACAAGUUAUAAACAUUGUAUAACAUAUUCCAAGGAUGCAAAAUGCAUCUCUCCAUCUUUCCACACGAUACAUAAAUACAUAGACAUAAAAACACAAACAUAUUUCUUGCGACUUAAGACGUUAGCCAUGUUUACACCAUUCCGAUGUACUCUGUUGUCCAUGGUAGCUGCUUUGUUUCGCUAAAUGUUCGCAGUGUAGUACUUUAAUUUAUGGGCAUUAUGAAAAGCGUGGCUCGUUAACAUUGUUAAAAGGCUGUCCAAACUGUGUACGCUGACGACUGGACCCAGAAAACAGUAGCAAAUCAAUCGACGCGACGUUGGGACGUUGAGAAAGAAAGGGCCGGUACCAUGGACGCUCGGACGAGUUCGAAAUGUGGCAAACAAUUAAAAUGGCCGAUAGUCAAUAAGCUGGUUUUAAGUCAAUGUAUUCAGAAUUAAGGUUCAAUCGUUUGCCUGAUGUUUCUUCUAAACAGCAGCAAGCCCCCAUUUUACUAGGUAUGAAAAUACAGUGUGCCGUUGUGGCAGGAAAGUCAAAGCAACGUAAAGAGGUCUUUGAAAUCAUUUUAAAAGUGACCUUUUUUUAUUUUUUACUGUUUAUUUUAUUAUGUGACAUUAAUUUAAAUGCUUUCAACGAUUGGAAAAAAUAUUAAUGAAGCUCUACUUGAUUUCUUUUUUUUAAUUUUAAAUCAUAAGCUGCCGCUCAAGUAUCACACAAUAUUUUCAUCCUCUUUUGACGUCGGUUAUUUUUCAACUAUGGAUGUAAUAGGGCAAAAUUGAUUUUGUUAACAAAAAGGAGAGAGAGAAUAUGAGGUAAAAUUAAUUUAAAAAAAAAAAGAAAGAAAAAAAUAAAUAAAGUACGGUAAAAAUAAAGAGAAAGACGAUACAAAAGAAAAAUCAACAUCCUGUACCUCUUCUGUAUAAUAGUUACAUUAUACACUGAAAUUAUUACUAAGUGAAAUUUAAUUGUAUUAUCGUGUAAUUACUAAUUAUUGUCGUAAUAUAGGUUUCUUGGUGUAAAAAAAAUUGACCUAACUUUUAAGACUUAAUGGUAAAAGAUGAAGUAAAUAAUGUAUUUCAGCGAAGGUACGAUGUAUGCAUAUUAAACAAAACAAAAAAAAGUCACAGUAUGUUCAGCACUGCGCAAUGUUGAAGAGUAGAAAAUAAGUUAGGUUCAUGGUGUGAGGUAAGGAAGUUACUUCUAUACCGGAUAUAUCCAUACCUCGAUGUAUGGAAUGAAUUUGUGUAUUUUGAAUAUAAAUUAAUACGAAUGCUGGCCUAAAUCAGUAAAAGCCACUACCAAGAAAAUGAAAUUGCUGACGUUCCACGAUAAGACUAAGGGAAACAUUACAACGCGGUUAACAAGAAUUGUGUGCACGGAAUGAUCAAGUAAAAUAAUAUUAAUUUCUUUUUUAAACAAAGAACAAAACAAAAAAUAUGCGAAUUGUCCUGAUAUUCCGUAAAUGUAUUUGAAAAUGUCAUUAAAAAAUAUUGCUUUCGUUUUUUUUUUAAA